AUGGCAGACAACGAUACCUCCCAUGGAGAUGCCGACAAGGCCUUGGCUUCGGUCGAGAAGCGCGACGUAGAGCUCUUCAGAGCACUGUUAGACAACGGAUUGGACCCAACCCAGCUCAACCUUGCUAGUGGCAACACCCUUUGGCACCACGCGGCAUCCAGCUAUGGCGGCACCUCCUUUGCUCCGGGCGGAAGCACGCCCAGAAUGCUGCAAGAACUAGCAGACAGCGGCGUCGAUUCAGCACGGGCGAAUGAUGCUGGUCGCACGCCGCUUCACGUUCUAAGCAGCGUCCGUCCGGACUUGUUCGACGAUAUAAACAUGGACCGUCCUGGUUCUUUGCUGGCUUUUGACAUCCUUCUGGAUCAGCUACGUGGUACUCGUGAAUCUGUACCGGAAAAUGUCAAUGUGUUUGAUACAGAUGGAAUCACCCUUCUCCACCUCGCCGUUGCCACAUCCGCGUAUCAGGUUCGCAGGCUACUUGCCUCGGGUGCUGACGCAGCAAGACCCGACGUCCAAGGACGGACGUCCCUUCAUGGCGCGGUGCAAGCCUGUGACGGCAACAUUGUCGGCCUGAUUCUUCAAGCCCUUGGGUCCAGGUACGAGAUGCAGCAAGUCGAAUGCAAUCUGCCUGCCAGCAGCCCAGCCAUCGCGCCUGCAAAUGCAAUCAACGCCCGAGAUGCUCAGCAGCGAACAGCUGUAUAUUAUGCUUGCCUCGCCGGCAGUCCAAGCAUAUUCAGCCUUUUGGUUGAAGCUGGGGCAGAUACGAGAUGCGCCGCGGAAGACGGUAGCUCCUCCACGAUUGAAAGUUCUUGCUGGCACGCAUUGGCAUUAUUCGGGGCUGAACGUCAAUUUUCAAGGCCGAAAGCUGGCACAAGAUCAGGAGGGUCGCCGGCGCGGCGAAUCGGCGAGAUGGUCGAGUACCUGCUUGAGACGUCGGAGCCUGCGGACAUCACCUCUAUCGACAAAGCGAUCGAGUUGGCCGAGGCUACUCAGGCAGCAUAUGUCUUGGAGACCUUGUGCCGUGCCCGCUCUACUUUUCUGACGAAACACAAGCUACAUUCGAUGCAUAGGCCGAGCCAGGAUGCCAUGGCAGCCGCAUUUCCGUCUCUGCUGCAGAGAGUAGCGGACCGUAACGAGACCGAGAAUCCGGAAAUCCCUGCCCGAAUGCGCCUUUUGAGACUGAUGGAACUCCAAGAAUAUCCCUCGGCCAAAUCAUUGCUAGCCCAAAUCGGACCUGAACUGGCUGCUCAGAGCAAUGUAGAUCUUUCUUUGAUAGUCGAUCUGCUUGCUUCGAAUGGUUUUGCGGACAUGCUUUGGCCCCUGAAAGAUGUCAUCAAGCAUCAAAUGCAGCGCAGCCACGAGUCACUGUUCUUUUCGUCUGUCGAUCAGUCAGAACCGAAUAUGAAUGUGCUCAAGAUGCUUGUGCAGAGCUUUGAGUUGGAUGUGAACGUUGCGAACUCAAAUGGGAUAGGGGUCCUCCAUCGCUUGUUUCUCAACAGUCAUGACCCGCUCGGCGAAAGCUGCAACCCUACCUGGUGGAAAUCCUCGCUCGCUCUACCAUACUUGGUCAGGCAUGGCGCCAACAUCAACAUGCGAGAUAAAGACGGACGCACGCCUCUACACCUCGCUUUGGAUCGCGUUGGGCACGUCGACUUUGACAGGAGCAUUAUCGGGAGACUCGUGGCACUAGGUGCUGAUGUCAGUGCAGCUGAUUAUAGGGGCCGGACUUGUCUCUGCAGAGCGGCAGGCAAUAUUCACUAUGCUGACAGUGGGCUGAUGCAACAUGAUUCAGGCUCUAUGGGUCUACUGACCCACAACAUCACUGUCGUGAAGCUGCUUCUCGAAGCCGGCGCGCCCAUUACACAACCCACUCUAAUCGAGGCGAUCCGGCGCAGUGACGCAGCUCUUUUGGGCCUGCUCUUGUCACUCGGGCGCGCAGACCCAAACACACGUCUCAGACAAGACCAAAAGCCACACGGCUACUGGUGGUCCGGCACAGGGUACAGUCUCGGGGGCGACGCGGAGCGGGAUCCCUGGAGAUAUAUGCCUCCCCUCGGACUCAAUGCCGUCCCAGAGCAAGUCAUGUACCCUCUGCAUUUCGCCUGUUUGCACCACAACAACAACCACGCCGUCAUUUCCAUGUUGUUGGACCAUGGUGCGGACCCCAAUGCUCGUUAUGAGAACGGCAUGACUGUAUCACACUACGUCAUGAGUCAGAGAGUCUGUUCCCCGACGAUGAAGCUCCUGCUGGCACGUUUCACCACGGAGAAUAGCAAGAAUGGACUCGAGACGCGGAACCCCUUGGGCAUGACACCACUUCUUAUUGCCUCUCACUUGGCUGGUGAGAGCUCACCCGACGAUACCAGUCACGACCCAAGCGUAUCAAUGGUCCACACUCUACUGGACCUCGGUGCCGAUCCUUGUGUGAGAGACAAUUCCGGGCUUGACAUUUUGCUCCAUCUGGGCUACGACAACAGUGAAAGCCGAGAUAUUGGUGCUGAUAAUGGUGGCGGUGAUGAAGCCGCGAGUGGAAAUGGGGGGUUGAAGGGUCUGGCCGGUCGUGUGCGAAAACUCGUGCAUGUAUGCAACUCGGCGGAUUGA